AUGAAUAUCUUGUCUUUCGCACUCGGAACAUUGGCUUUGGCCGUUUUCAGUGAUGCCCAAGAUGCCAACCAACCACACAUUAUUUUCAUCAUGGCUGAUGACAUGGGCUUCAAUGAUGUAAGUUUUCGUGGUUCGAACCAAAUUCCGACCCCAAAUCUGGAUGCGUUGGCCUACAAUGGGAUGAUACUGGAUAACCAUUAUAUGCAACCUCUAUGUACGCCUUCAAGAGCAGCGCUAAUGACUGGCAGAUAUCCAAUAUACUCAGGUUUACAAGGCGCGCCAUUAUUGGCGAACGAUGUAAGGGCUCUUCCACCAGGAAAAAUUUUACCAGAAUAUUUGAAGGACUUGGGUUACACAACAAGAUUAGUUGGAAAAUGGCAUUUGGGACAUAGAUCUCUCAAUGAGACUCCAACGUACAGAGGUUUUGAUUCUCACUUUGGCUAUUGGACUGGUUGCACAAGCUAUUUUGACCACGUGCUGGCUGAAUACACUGUAAACUUAUGGGCCGAUUUUGCCGCACAACAGACGAAUGUUAUGGCAAGGCCAUGUCACGCUUCAACUUGCAUGCAUUAUAAUACUGAAUCAUACUUAAUAUUGUCAAAAUGUCACGUAUUUGCUAGUGAUGGAAAGGCUCACUAUGGUCAUGAUUUCUACCGUAAUACAACAAGCGCAUGGGAUUUGCAAGGCCAAUACGCAACAAGGCUUUAUUCCCAAGAGUCUGAACGAAUUAUUAAUGAACAUCAAAAACCAGAGGAAAACCCACUUUUUCUGAUGGUUGCUCAUAUGGCUCCCCAUUCGGCAAACAAAGGAAAAUUUUUGGAAGCGCCGCAAGAAACUAUUGACAAGUUUUCUCACAUUCCAAAUGUGGAUCGGAGGACAUAUGCUGCAAUGGUCAGUGAAUUAGAUGACAGUGUUGGAGUAUUAGUAGAAGCUCUGAAAAGGAAAAAUAUGUUGCACAAUUCUGUGAUUCUAUUCAGCUCAGAUAAUGGAGGUGCAACUACAGGAAUAUAUCCCAACUGGGCGUCAAAUUAUCCAUUAAGAGGCAUUAAGGGUUCUCUGUGGGAAGGCGGUGUACGUACUUCUGCUUGUAUAUGGAGUCCAUGGAUGCAGGGAAAAGGCAUUCACGACGGUUUGAUCCAUGUUACUGAUUGGUUUUCUACUUUUAUAACUCUUGCUGGUGGUGAUGUUUCACAAUUGAAUGUGGAUGGCUUGGAUCAAACUGCAUCCUUAAUUUAUGGCUAUCCAUCACCCAGGAGAGAAAUGCUUCUCAACAUCGAUGAAGUACAAAAACAUUCCGCAAUCAAGUACGACAAUUGGAAGUUAAUUGUAGGACCAGCAUUCAAAGGGCAAGCCAACCUCUACAGUGGAGAAAAGGGAAUCGAAGUAACUCAUGAGCCCUUUUAUGAUAUUUCUUUGGUCAAAAAUAGUUUAGCAGGUCGCGCCUUAGCCGAAAUUGGAUUUGUCUUUAAUGACAGUAUAGCAAAAUCUAACAGAAAAAAAAUUAUCCCAAAAUGUAUCAACAGAGACUCCAGCAAAUUCCAAAGCACCUGCUCAUUAGUGCAUUAUUAUUCCUUGUGCUUAUUCGACUUGAGCAAAGAUCCAUGUGAAUCAAAAGACAUAUCUGCUAACAAUCCAAACGUGGUUAAUGACCUUUUGCUAGCAAUUGUACAAUAUAAAUCGAAUAUGAUGCCCCAAAUGCUUCCGGAAGUUGAUCCUCGAGGACUUCCAGAACUUUACAACUACACGUGGUCCCAUUGGCUUGACCAAAAUCCGACCACACCUCAGCAUAGUAGCCAAAUUGGAUUUAAUAGUCAAUACUUUGAUUAUAUGGAGAGCUUUGAAAAUUUUUAA